CCCAUCUCUUCUCUAUCUCUUUGUCCAGACUUUACAAAUUUUCUCCUCCUUAUUUUCCCCCCUCUCAUCCCACUUUUCUUUCUUUCUUUUUUUUUGUUUGGCUUACGUUCUAUCUUCAGUUCUCUAUUUCUCUUCCUCAUUCAAACCAUUAUUGUGAUUUAUGAUUUCCAUUUCUUAUACUUUUGGAGAGAAUCAUUCAUUCUUGUUCUCGCUAUUAUUAACCUUUCCCGAGAUAUUUUCUCAAUGAACAAACGAUGUCUUGAGUUGGAAGCAGAGUUGGUGACGGUGGUUUCUGCUGACAGCCCUGUUGUGUUUGAUUAGGAGGAGCGUCCUCAGACGAAGAUCUGAGGCUUAAUUUUAUUUUUGUUUCCUUUAUUUUUUUCAUUUGGAUUCUAAUUUGAACUUGUAUUGAGUUAAACGGAAGGAGAAAAGGUUAAAAAAAAGAGAGGUGAGAAAAAAGAAACAAAUAAAACGCAAUAAUAAGUAGAGAUGAGCGCUUCAAGGUUCAUCAAGUGUGUCACCGUUGGUGAUGGUGCUGUCGGUAAAACAUGCCUCUUGAUUUCUUACACUAGCAACACUUUCCCCACGGAUUACGUGCCUACUGUGUUUGACAAUUUCAGUGCAAAUGUUGUUGUCAAUGGUGCAACCGUCAACUUGGGUUUGUGGGAUACCGCAGGACAAGAGGACUACAAUAGGUUACGACCUUUGAGUUACCGUGGAGCAGAUGUUUUCAUACUUGCUUUCUCUCUCAUUAGCAAGGCUAGUUAUGAAAAUGUUUCCAAAAAGUGGAUCCCAGAGUUGAAACAUUAUGCACCUGGCGUCCCUAUUGUUUUAGUUGGAACAAAGCUCGUAGCUAUCCACAUGUUUUAUGUGAUCUCCUUUGAGGCAGAUCUUCGGGAUGACAAGCAGUUCUUUAUUGAUCACCCUGGUGCUGUCCCUAUUUCUACAGCUCAGGGAGAGGAACUAAGGAAGCUUAUCGGUGCGCCUGCUUAUAUCGAGUGUAGCUCCAAAACACAAGAGAAUGUCAAGGCAGUUUUUGAUGCAGCCAUCAGGGUUGUGCUUCAACCACCGAAACAGAAGAAGAAAAAGAGCAAAGCGCAGAAAGCUUGUUCCAUAUUGUGAUGAAAUAAGUAAUGCUUGUGAAGAGUAGUUUUCAAAAGAAAACCUUUUGUGCUUUCCUUACAGCAUUAUUGUCUCUCUUUUUGUCCCUCAUUUUGAGCUACCUCUUCUUUCUUUUUAACUAAAUGAAUUUAUGUCUACUUUGUUCACUUUUAUCAAUUUUUUAUUUUGAUUAUAUUGAUAGAAUGUUGCAAGAAUGUCAUUGUAUUAGGGCGACAAACAAGAAAGAAGUGUGCCUUUAUCAAAAUGAAUUGCUUCAUAUCUCUUUUAAAUUUCCUUUCUUGUAACAAACAUAUAUAACUUCCACUUGUUCUGCAUUCACAGUUGCUAUUAU